AUGGAUCACCUCAAAAGCUUAAGAUCUAUACACCCCAAUGUGCAUCUUCUGAUAUCUGGAGACUUCAACGCUCCGGCAAUAGAUGAGCGUAGACACCACGCCCCGGAUAAUACAUUUUUGCUCGUGAACCAAACUGCAGAAAAGAAGACAAAUCCGGAACUGGGAAUAUUGGGCGCAAGCCUCAAACCCGAGUAUGACUUCAAGACUUCAAGACGAGAAGCAAAUGAGAUGUUGGAAUGCUCACUCGGUAAAAUCAGUAGCCUCCAGUCAACCAAGGGUCAUCGCCUGAACCGGUUUCUAUGCGAACCAAUCAAGCCAUGCGUGCUCUAUCGGCGGCAAGGAAUCGAUCCAGAACGUGUGCAUUACGAUCCUCGACUGUAUACGUGGGGUAUGCCAAUCGAGCAAGGCGCCGUACGGACCCCAUGUAGUCCAUCAAACUUUCCUCUUGUCGCUGCUGUCGCGUAUAAAACUCCUCCCGGUAUUCGAAUGCUGUUUUUGGUCCGGCUAGUCUCCGCCUCAGGGUCACCAGAAGAGUGUCCACCUCGUCUGGAAGAUCGAAGUCCAUUACUAACUNNNCGUCAUAUCUGA